UGAUUCCUGAAACACCUGCUGAACUGAGGCUGAUUUUGGAGUAGGAUUAAACUGUGGUACAGACUGGGUCAUGGAACCGCCAGAUGUACCAACGUGGUCAGCUCUCCCUGGCUUUUUCUUGGGUAGUUCGGAGUUAGGAUGUUAACAAAGAUGACCAUCUUUGUUCUAACCUUUGCCUUCAUGGACAUAAAGAUUGAAUGGGUGGUAGUGACUGUUUCCCCCUUGCUUGUGGGCAAGCAGUAGUCAAAUGCCUGGAGGAGCAUAUUUCUUGAUAUUCUGUGUUGGGGCAAAUGCAGCUUCUUGAAUAUCCUUUCCCUUUGACUUCACCCUAGCAGACCUACAGUCAUUUUUGCCUAGAAGUACCUAUGAACUGAGCUGCAUAAUGUGUUCGGUCCCGUUGCAUUUAAGCAAUGAAGUAUGUUAUUUAGGAGGUUGUUAAUUCCCUCAUUUUAUCUAGGUUGGGGGCCGAGGUGGUGAAUCAGAGACUCUUGGAAAUGGGUAAGUUAAAUGUUCACAAAGCUUCAGAUAAAGAGAGGUGGGGGUGGGGAAUUCUGUUAAGGAAGAGCUGCUUGGGCAUUUGGCUAAGGAAUGUUUAUACACAGUGAUAAAUAGUUUACCCUUUGACCUUUCCCUUUUCAGGGACAAGCAAGCACCAUGGUUAAGCAGAGAGACUAAAAGGGUAACAUUAAGGGAAGCAAACAGGAAACAUGUAAUCCGUGUGGCCCUGUAUGGGUCUCAGCGACGUCCUUAACAUUGGCUCUAGGAGAAUGGGCUGGUCGUCUUCCGAGCAGCGAGCUGGCCAGGUCCCUUAGCUUUCCUUGUGGACUUCUGGGCCAGUUAGGUUCCAGGUGCACAUUUCAUAGUGUCGUAUCCUCAUCUUUUCUAAAACAGCUCUUUUUUCUUUUUCUUCCCUUACAGUUUUCUAACUGCCUGAAAGUUCUGCGAUUACUGUGGUGGAUGCAGCUGGACAUCAACCUGGGUUGUGGACUGAGGCUUGGAUGCUGGUCUCGGUUUCAUCACUGUAGACCUGGGUAAUUUAAUAAGGUGUGUUAGUGUGUAGUUGGCUGGGAAUAAUAACCAAUGACUUGUAGUACUUUGUACAUGGUAUCCAUUGAAGAGUAUAAAUCUAUAAAAUGGAACCAGGUCUUUUGAAAAUGACUUACAUGUAUCACAAAUAUACAGAACUAUUGUCACACAUUAUCAAAAUCUCUUAUGGCUCAGACCUGGGAGUCUAUAAAGAUGGUGCCAUUGUUUUAUGUGUGUCCUGCUCCAAACCUGUUAGGAGAUAAUGAAAUGUGUGGUUUGCUAAGAGGUAAGCAAAUGAGUCAUGCUAAGAUUUCCCUCCUUUUUCAAAGCUUUAAAAUACAUAGACCUGCAGUAAGCAUUUAACCUAGUAAUUAAGAUACCUGAAUCCUUUGGUGGGCAUUGUGGCACAGCAAGUUAAGCCAAAGCUUGGGACCUCUCCAUUCUUAUUAGAGUGCAUGGAAUUAAGUCCCACCUUCGCUAUGAAUCCAACUUCCUGAUAAUGUGCCUGGGAGGUAGCAGAUGAUGGCUCAAGUGCUUGGGUUCCUGCCACCCAUGUUCUUGGCUCCUGGCUUUGGCCUGGCCUGCCCUAGCCCUGGGUUCUGCAGGCUUUUAGGAGUGAACCAAUGGAUGGAAGAUCUCAGUCUGUCUCUGUCUGUCACUCUGCCUUUCAAAAACAAAAACAACAACAACAACAACAACAACAAAAAACAAAAAACAAAAAAACAACUUGCAUCCCACAUUGGAGUACCUGGGUUCAUUUCCUGCCUGCGGCUUCUGAUUACAGCUUCCUGCCAAUGCAGACCCUGAAAAGCAGUAGUGAUGAGGCUCAAGUAAUUGGACUCCUACCACCCACAUGGGAGACCCAGAUGGGAUUUGGUUCCUGGCUCUGAUGUUGCCCAGCACUGGCUGUUAAAGGCAUUUAGGGAAUGAACUAGUAGAUGGGAGUGUAGUAUCUGUCUCUCUUUCUGACCUGCAAAAAAGAUAAAGAAUAAAUAUACACAUACCCUAGCUGUUACAGGCAUUUAGGGAAUAAACCAGCCCCUGGGUGGGAGCAUGUGUGUACUUGCUCUCUUUCUGUGACCCUCCAAAAAGAGAGGGAAAGAAUAUGUACUUAUACACCUCAAACAGAGAAGAUGAUGUUUAUGUUUCUGAAUUAUCACUAUGCUCUAAGUGCCUAUCAUUUAAGACAGUGGAGUAGGGCUGGUGUUGUGGUGAAGUGGGUUAAACCGCCACCUGCAACACUUGCAUCUCAUAUGGGCGCCAAUCUGAGUCCCUGCUGUUCGACUUCCAGUCCAGCUCUCUGCUCAUGCAACUGGAAAAGCAGCAGAAGAUGGUCCAAGUCCCUGGGCCCCUACUACCCAAGUGGGAGACCUGGAAGAAGUUCCUGGCUCCUGGCCCAGCUCCAGUCAUUGAAGCCAUUUGGAGAGUGAACCAACAGAUGGAAGAGCUCUGUCUCUCCCUCCUCUCUAUAACUCUGCCUUUCAAAUGAAUGAAUCUUAAAAAAAAAAAAAAAAAAAAAUGGAUCAGUUGCAUACAGAAAACCAUAAUCUUUAUGGACAAAACAAUGGUAAGGAAAAAAAGCUUUUGAGAUGGGUUCAGGCUUUAAAGAAAGUCUACAGAUUACUUGGAUUUUCUCAGGUUUCUGAUGUCCUUUAUCUGCUCUGGGUUGCUGUCCAGGACACCACGUCACAUGUAGUUGUCUUAUCUCCUCAGGCUCCUUUUGAUUGUGAGUUUCCCAGGUUCCAUGUUUUUGGUGACCUUGAGAGCUUUGACGAGUGCUAGUCAUAUAUUCUGUAGACUGCCUCAAUUGGGACUUGUCAAAUGUUUUCCCUAUGAUUAGAUGAGGUGUUUGGUUUUUUUUGUUUUUUUGGUUUUUUUUUUUUAGAUUUAUUUAUUUGAAAAGCAGGGUGAUAGAGACAAAGAAUAAGAUCUUCAGUCUGCUCAUUCAGUCCCCAAAUGCCCGCUGAAGCCAGAAGCCAAGAACUCCAUCCAGGUCACCCAUGUGGGUGGCAGGGACCCAAGAAGAUUUGAGCCAUCAUGCACUGCCUUCCCAGGCCCAUUAGCCGGAAGCUGGAUUGGAAGGGGAGAAGGUGGGGCUCCAACUGCCAUGCAUGUGGGAUUGGGGGAUCCCAAGUGGUGGCCUAACCUGCUGCAUCACAACACCCAGCCCUUUUGGGGAGGAAGAACACAGAGGGAAAGUGCCAUUCUGUCAUACUAUGUCAAGAGUGUGUACUGUCAGCGUGACUUAACACUGCCGGUGCUGACCUUGAUCUGCCUUGGAGUGGUUUAUCCGGUUUCUCCACUGUGGACUCUUUGGAAGGAAGCCACAGUGUGCGUCACGUUCUGCCUCUGUGAGCAUGGAGAAUCUGUGUGAAUGAUUAGAGGUUCUGCAUGGGAGAUUUGUCUCGCCUGCCUUUACAUGUUUAUUGAGUUAUUUGUAUCUAUCUGUGUAGGUAAUGGGAAAUGUACUUUAUACUUUGGAUUGUGUUCCAGUAAUCUUUAUCUCUUGCUCGAAUUGUUCUGGCUUCGGUUAUUGAGAACUUUUCACUUGGUUCCUGUGUCCCUUCGACAUGUUCCUGUCAUUUUGAUAUUUUGGUUUUUGAUCAUUUCCUUGCUUUCAUAGAGGUAAAAGAAGAGCUACCCUUCACCCUCUGAAGAUUUGUUGGCAUUAACUGACUGUAGAUAGAUUAAUAGGAGAAAUGGUAAACAAAUUUAACCUAAUGUGCUUGGCUGGAUAGCAAUCACAGUUGUGUGGUUAUCCAGUAACCUGGUGAGGUCCAAAUGCUUAUGAAUUCUUCAGAGGGAGAGGGAAAUGGGGAAUGUGUCCAUUUUGAGGGGCAGUAAAUGAUUGUAGUGAGUGCCUGGGCCCAGUGCUUAGACCAUAGUUUAUAGAUGAUUCUAUGGAAUUGAGUGGGCCUAGGAAACAGGCAAUCACUUGUGACAGAAUCUGUCUGGGGGUGGUUAUAUCCUUUAAUCUUAUGCAGAUACGAGUUUGUUUCCUGAAGCUCAGGGACAAGACCAAAGGUGGUGGUUUUCUUUGGUGGUCCAUCCUUUAGGCAGAUGCGAGGAUGUCAGAACAAGUAUCUUCCUCCAUCUGCUGCUAUCUGAGGGCCUUUUAUUUAAAAUCAUCAGCAAACCAGGGCACCAUAUUUUGGUGGAAUUCACUUUCUGGCACUAUAAAGGUGCUCUGGAGUUAUUUUGUAUGAAUUUAGUUCCUUCAAAAACUUUUUUCCCGGAAUGAUACUAGAAACCAAGUUCUGAGCACUGAGUAUGCUUGUUGCCGCUGAGCAUCCUGCUUCUAGUGCCUCCCAGCAGACACAGCAAGGAGAUACGUAUGUGUAUACCAGCCUGUGGGCAUUCUCAUGUCUGAGAAUGCUUGUGCAAGCAUAGGUAUGUGUCCUUCUAUUUAUUAAGCUAGACAUGAGUUUCUACUGCUGUCUGCAAGUCUGAUCUAGUGACGUGGGUCAUGCUGGCCUUCUCUCUUGUCUGAAACCAACAAUGAGAAAUCUUGUAUCCAUCAUCCCAUUUACUUAAUUGUUCAAUUCUAGUAUGCAUUGUUAAAUUGUUAAGCCAUGCAUUUGGGAUAAAACUUUAUCAUCUUUAUCAUCCAGAGUACAGUACCACAUAGAGUUACUUCCUUUUUGCUGUCAUUCUCACCAAUUCCCCUCCUUUCCAAAAUUACUUAGAUCUGCAACUUUUUGCUCUGUCCCCUUCAGUGAGACUAUCUUAGCCAUUUAUGAUAUGGUCAGAUUCUUUGGUCACAGUCUACAUUGCAUACCCAACUAUACAUGUGAUUUGUUUUAAAAUUCACAGGCAUUGAAGUUCAGUCUCUGUGCGAUGCAGUUCUGUGGGCUUUAGCAAGUGUGUCACGUAGGUGCCAUUUCAGUCUUUUUUUUUAUUAUUUUUUUUUAUUUUUAUUUUUUUGACAGGCAGAGUGGACAGUGAGAGAGAGAGAGACAAAGGUCUUCCUUUUGCCGUUGGUUCACCCUCCAAUGGCCGCCGCGGCCGGUGUGCUGCGGCCGGUGCACCACGCUGAUCCGAUGGCAGGAGCCAGGAGCCAGGUGCUUUUCCUGGUCUCCCAUGGGGUGCAGGGCCCAAGCACCUGGGCCAUCCUCCACUGCACUCCCGGGCCACAGCAGAGAGCUGGCCUGGAAGAGGGGCAACCGGGACAGAAUCCGGCGCCCCGACCGGGACUAGAACCCGGUGUGCCGGCGUCGCUAGGCGGAGGAUUAGCCUAGUGAGCCGCUGCGCCGGCCGCCAUUUCAGUCUUGUACAGAACAGUUGCACUGCCUUGAAAAUGCCCCAUGCUUCACGUUUCUGUCUCCAGAUCCCUGGCAGCCAUCGGUCUCUUAACUGUCUCUGUUGUUUUGCUUUUUCCCCAUCUGUAGGGAUGGCCACACACCUUUCCUUGUUGAUCUCAUUAAUUUUUCAUUCUCAUCAUGACCACUGAGGUAGCCAUGAACUCUUUACACAUGUGAAAUUGAACCUGUGUCUUCUGUGAAGGCAGAGCUGGAGUGGGAACCCAUGGCCUGUGCACCUUUCACUGUGCUGCCUGGGGCGUUGGUCCACUUCUCCAGCUUAGAUCCUGUUUCCUCUGUGCUUUGCCUCCUGUUCAUGAGAGCCUGUGUUGCACAUGGUUGAGCAUGGACUCCGGAGUCAGACCACCUGCAUUCAGAUCACUGUCUGCCAUGUAUCAGCCAGGCCCGGGACCUGUAUACCUCCAUCUGUAAGAUGGGGAGAAUGAGAGUUAUUGGGGGAAUUAAUAUUAGAGGUCACCUAGUAAACAUAUAAAUGUUUGCCCAAAAUAGGCAAUUUUAAAAAAUUUAUUCAUUUUUUAAAAUUUAUUUGAGAGGGGCCAGUAUUGUGGUGCAGUGGGUUAAUCUGCCACCUUUGACAUUGGCAUUUCAUAUGAAUGCUCAUUUGAGUCCCAGUUGCUCCAUUUCCCAAUCCAGAUCCCUGCUGAUGCACCUGGGAAAGCAGCACAAGAUGGCUUAGGUCCGUGCCACCCACAUGGGAGACCUGGAUGGAAUUCCAGGCUCCUGGCUUCAGCCUGGGCCAGCCUUGGCCAUUGUGGCCAUUUGGGAAGUAAACCAGCAGAUGGAAGUCUCUUUCUGUCUCCCUAUAUCUCUGAGCUCUGCCUUUCAAACAAAUAAUUAAAUAAAUUUAAAAAAAAAUAAAUUUAUCUGAGAGAGAGAGAGUGAGAACUCUCCCGCUGGUUCGCUGCUGAAAUGCCCCAGAUGGCCAGGGCUGGGUCAGACCAAAGCCAGGACCUAGGAACUCAUUCCAAGUCUCCCAUGUAGGUGGCAUAAUCACAAUUACUUGGCACAGUCCCAUGACAGCUGCCUCCUAGUGUCUGCACUAGCGGGACAUUGGAGCAAAGAGCCGGUAUUGAACCCAAGCACUCCAGUGUGGAACGCAGGCAUCCUAACUGGCACCUUAACCACAGAUGCUUAGCCCGGCUCACUCCAGCAGGCGAAUAUUGUUGGACUACUACUUCUAUGCUCAGUACUUUUUAAGGAAAGCAAAUGUUUAAGAUCUUUGACCAUGUUGGUUAAGGUGGCGUUCUGUGGAAACAGAGAUGUGUACAGAGUUUCAUUUCUUAUGUGGAAGAUCUGGGCCAAAUGGGCAAUACACUUGAGCUGUCACUUGUCAGUGUCAGCCCUCCAAUGGGUAUUUGUAAGCAAAAUCCCAGUGCUAAUUAUGGCUGACACCCAGAGAUUCUUGAAUAGGCACACAGAACUUCCAGUAAAGUGAAGAAUUCCAAGAGUUGGAUUGUAGUAAUCAGAAAAGGAAUGGUAAAAUAAUAUAGUUAUUUUUGUCAUGAGUGCAGUGCUGGAACUGAGCUGGGUGACUCCAGAUGCACAUGAUCUUUAUAAUCAGUAAACUCUGGGUUUAGUCAGCGAGACUCAGACCUGGAAUGAAGAUGCUAAUGUACUGAGAUUAAAAAUGGAGUGAUGUCACAGGUAAAAACCCUCUGAUGUCGUUUUCCUGUGUAAGUGUCCAAAGGCUAUGCCUGUCUGACUCACACAAGCCACCAUGUCAUUGCAGAGCGCUCUGGUAAUGGCUUUGUGUUCUUUUGUCCACUGGCCAUUGUAACCACUUAGUCCUGUGUUGAGUAAGUCAGUGCCAGUUGAUGCCAAGCAGCACUGCAGUGGUCGCGUGCAUGUUACAUGGGGGAAUUAAGACAAGGAACAUUACCUCAGGUGGGUCAGGACCUGCCCUGGAACACUGUCCUCAGCCAGAGCAAGGGAGGGCGUAGCAGGCCUGUUUCAGAACACCUCCAAUUAUAGCUGGUUUGGGGACCUGAAGGGUAACUUUUGUUUGCUUGUGUAAUGAGGGAAAGGAGCUAAAGUUAAAGUCAUUGUCUGAGGGGCAGCAGAGUUGAAAAUGUUGGGUUGGGGUUUCUCAGUAUGGGAGAUGGGUUUGUGUCUGAGUAAAGUAUCGGGAGUGAUUUUCACCAAGUAGCCCCUGCACUGCAGGCUAAGCUGGGCUCUAAUGGCGCAUGCCCAUCAGGGCUGGGCAGGCAGCACGGCCUGGGGAGUCAGUGGCUUCUGUGGGGCAGCUUGGGAAGGACCCUUUCCAGGCAGCCAUCCCAUAAUUGUUUUGAUUGAUGGGAUUGUGCAGUAGAAAGGCAGAGGAGUGGGGGAUGCUAAGGUGACCAGAAUUUUUUUCUAGGAGUCUCUUGUCUUGGAAAGACAUGCAGGUGACAUGUAGGAGCAAGAAACCCCAGACUUCUGUUAACAUCUGGAGAGUUGCUCGUUUCAGGGAACAUUUGAUUUGUAUUUGGGUUUCCUCAGUUGUGUUUUUCCUUCACUGGAAAUACCCUACUGAAGCGAUUGUCUCUUUAUUUAGCUUUCUAGGUAGUUGGUUGAAAUUCUUAACAAUAACCCAAACAGGUAUUGUGUGGAGAAAGAAUAAUUCGAGAGCCAAUGUUAUGUGCUGGGUAAGAGCUGGGCCUUGGAUUCAAGGUCCAGGAUUGAUUCCUGGCCGUGCCGUUUACAAGCUUUGUGAUUUUGAGUAGGACACUACUUAACCUUUCUGGCCUCGGUUUUCUCAUCUAUAAAAUGGGAGUUGUAGCUGUCCUGUCUGUGUUAGCUGCUAUUAGCACUGUUGUUCCUGAAUCUGUUGGCCACCCAGUGACUGUGGUUGCAAGGUUGAUUGUCCCUGCCACUGACCCUUUGUGGGCCCUCAUAUCAAGUUUGAGCAGUGAGGUGAGUGAGUGAACCAAACGUCUCGGCGGCAGGAGAGGUUUCCCACCUGUAACUUAAAACUUUCCUCUCUAGCAGCAGCUUCCCAGUGAAUCCUGGGGACCUCACUUCCUUCUUUCUCAUGCAUAUUUUCCUUCUCGGAGUCACUACCUGGGAAAUAAAGGUCUUCUGUCUUAACGUUGUGAGUAGAUAAACCUUUAUUGAUGGUUUCCCAUUAACUAGAGUCUGUUAGCUGAGAGUCCUGAUCUGCCACAAACAGGGCAAUGUGUGGGCUUCACGAUGAAGACAGACCUGCGGGGAAGCAGAGACUCAAAACUGUGUCUCUGGCUUGAGGAGAAAAAGGAUUAACGAGAAAACCCUGGGACUGGAAAUUUGCAGAGCAGCUCAGCCGGUUGAAAGUUGGCUUUGUUCAGUGCCCAACUUCUCAGAUUUUCCUCGGCUGAGUGGGCUUGGUGGAGCACUGGCUUGAGAGUUGCUUAGCAACGAGAGCGUGUGGCCCCCGGUUCUCAAAUAGGCCAGCAAUCGGUCAGUCCCGUGCCUCCCCCUCCAGCAGCCCUCUGCUACUACCACAGCCUCUAUUAACAAUCAAGUGUGCGCGGGGGAGGGGCCAGAGCGAGGGGCGAGGUUUAAUCAUUGAACCAAGCAGGCUGUAAGUAUUUAGUCUGCAGCACCCAGCUCCCCAGGAAGUCUGCCAGGCCGGGCUGUGAGUGUGCGGUUCACGGGGACCUGGGAGUAAGCUCUGCUGGGAAAUCUCUGCCUGUCUUGGGAGAAGCCAUCGUUGGGGAAGAUGUUUGCGGUGCAUUUGAUGGCGUUUUACUUCACCAAGCUGAAGGAGGACCAGAUCAAGAAGGUGGACAGGUUCCUGUAUCACAUGCGGCUCUCUGACGAGACCCUAUUGGACAUCAUGGCGCGGUUCCAGGUUGAGAUGGAAAAGGGCCUGGCAAAGGACAGCAACCCCACAGCCUCGGUGAAGAUGCUGCCCACCUUUGUCAGGGCCAUUCCGGAUGGCUCAGAAAACGGGGAGUUCCUCGCUCUGGAUCUUGGAGGCUCCAAGUUUCGCGUCUUGAAGGUGCAGGUCUCCGCAGAGGGGAAGCGCAGUGUCCAGAUGGAGAGUCAGUUCUACCCCACGCCCAACGAGAUCACCCGUGGGAACGGCUCCGAGCUGUUUGAGUACGUAGCUGACUGUCUGGCCGAUUUCAUGAAGACCAAAGAGCUGAUGCACAAGAAGCUGCCGCUCGGCUUCACCUUCUCUUUUCCCUGCAGACAGACCAAGCUGGAGGAGGGCGUCCUACUUUCAUGGACCAAGAAAUUCAAGGCACGUGGCGUCCAGGACACGGAUGUAGUGAGCCGCUUGACCCAAGCCUGUGAAAAACAUCAGGACAUGGAUGUCGACAUCCUGGCCUUGGUCAAUGACACCGUGGGGACCAUGAUGACGUGUGCCUACGACGACCCCUACUGCGAAGUUGGAGUCAUCAUCGGCACUGGCACCAACGCGUGCUAUAUGGAGGACAUGAGCAACAUCGACCUGGUGGAGGGCGACGAGGGCAGGAUGUGCAUCAACACGGAGUGGGGGGCCUUCGGUGACGACGGCGCCCUGGAAGACAUCCGCACUGAGUUUGACAGGGAGCUGGACCUUGGCUCGCUCAACCCGGGGAAGCAGCUGUUUGAAAAGAUGAUCAGCGGCCUGUACCUGGGGGAGCUCGUCAGGCUCAUCUUGCUGAAGAUGGCCAAGACUGGCCUCCUGUUUGGUGGCCAGAAGUCCUCUGCUCUCCACACCAAGGGCAAGAUCGAAACACAGCACGUGGCUGCCAUGGAGAGGUAUAAAGAAGGCCUGGCCAAUACAAGAGAGAUCCUGGUGGAUCUGGGCCUGGAGCCAUCCGAGGCCGACUGCAUUGCCGUCCAGCAUGUCUGCACCAUCGUCUCCUUCCGCUCGGCCAACCUCUGUGCUGCUGCCCUGGCGGCCAUCCUGACCCGCCUCCGGGAGAACAAGAGGCUGACACGGCUCCGGACCACUGUGGGCAUGGACGGCACGCUCUACAAGAUCCACCCCCAGUACCCCAAACGCCUGCACAAAGUAGUGCGGAAACUGGUCCCCAACUGUGAUGUCCGCUUCCUCCUGUCAGAGAGUGGCAGCACCAAGGGGGCCGCCAUGGUGACCGCGGUGGCCUCCCGCGUGCAGGCCCAGCGGAAGCAGAUCGACGAGGUGCUGGCUCUGUUCCGGCUGACCCUCGAGCAGCUUGUGGGUGUGCAGGACAGGAUGCGGGCUGAGCUCGAGUUUGGGCUGAAGAAGAAGACCCACCCUCUGGCCACGGUCAAGAUGCUGCCCACCUACGUCUGCGGGAUGCCCGAUGGCACAGAGAAAGGGAAAUUCCUCGCCCUGGACCUGGGGGGCACCAACUUCCGAGUCCUCCUGGUGAAGAUCAGAAGCGGGCGGAGGUCGGUGCGGAUGUACAACAAGAUCUUCGCCAUCCCACUGGAGAUCAUGCAGGGCACUGGCGAGGAGCUGUUUGACCACAUCGUGCAGUGCAUCGCCGACUUCCUGGAGUACAUGGGCCUCAAGGGAGCCCGGCUACCUCUGGGCUUCACGUUCUCGUUUCCCUGCAGGCAGGCGAGCAUCGACAAGGGAACACUCAUAGGAUGGACCAAAGGCUUUAAGGCCACCGACUGUGAAGGGGAGGACGUGGUGGACAUGCUCAGGGAAGCUAUCAAGAGGAGAAAUGAGUUUGACCUGGACAUAGUUGCGGUUGUCAAUGACACAGUGGGAACCAUGAUGACCUGUGGCUAUGAAGAUCCCAACUGUGAGAUUGGCCUGAUUGCAGGAACAGGCAGCAACAUGUGCUACAUGGAGGAGAUGCGGAACAUCGAGCUGGUGGAAGGGGACGAAGGGAAGAUGUGCAUCAACACAGAGUGGGGAGGCUUUGGAGACAACGGCUGCCUGGAUGACAUCCGGACCCAGUACGACAAGGAGGUGGAUGAGGGCUCCUUGAAUCCCGGCAAACAGAGGUAUGAGAAGAUGACCAGUGGGAUGUACCUGGGCGAGAUUGUGCGGCAGAUCCUGAUCGGCCUCACCAAGCAGGGCCUCCUCUUCCGAGGGCAGAUUUCAGAGCGGCUCCGGACCAGGGGCAUCUUCGAGACCAAGUUCCUGUCCCAGAUUGAAAGCGACCGCCUGGCCCUUCUCCAGGUGCGGAGGAUCCUGCAGCAGCUGGGCCUGGACAGCACGUGCGAGGACAGCAUUGUGGUGAAGGAGGUGUGCGGCGUCGUGUCCCGGCGGGCAGCCCAGCUCUGUGGUGCCGGCCUGGCUGCCAUCGUGGAAAAGAGGAGGGAAGACCAGGGGCUGGAGCGCCUGAGGAUCACCGUGGGUGUGGAUGGCACCCUGUACAAGCUACACCCCCACUUUUCUCGGAUAUUGCAGGAGACUGUGAAGGAGUUGGCUCCUCGAUGCGAGGUGACUUUCAUGCUGUCAGAGGAUGGCAGUGGGAAGGGAGCAGCUCUCAUCACCGCUGUGGCCAAGCGGUUGCAGCAGCCGCGGAAGGAGAACUAGGAGCCCUGCCUUGGGCCUGAUGCACCUGCCAUCCCGACCAGCCUUUCCUCCGGCAGAGGAGCUGCCCGCGGACCAUUGGGCCGACUCCCGGCUGGCUUCACCCCAUGGACGGCCGAAAGAGAACCCCAGGUUCUCGGGUGCUCUUAGUGUCUUGUUACUUGCUUUACAUCUCUCUCUCGUGUACUUGGGCCAACUUAGGAAAUCAAAGGGUCUAGCUCACGAGAGCCCCUUUCAGCAGAUUUUUCAGCUGAAGCCUGAGCUGUCAGCCCUGUGUGGCUCUGGGUCCUGUGGCUGCUGAACUUGGAAACGUGUCCAGAAUCUGGCCAUGUGGCCUGGCUGGCUGAGGCCCUGCCGUGAUGUGUAAGCUGCCGCUUUUUCUGAUUGGGCCCUCAACUGUGGAUGAACAUUGAGAGGGAGAGGGACUCAGUGUAAGGUGUCUUUAACUUGUCAAGUCGACAUCCAAGUGAAGGAGGAGCCUUUGAGUGUCCAGCCCCAGGAAGCCCAGGGCUUGGUUGCCAUGGGGCCCUGCAGGAAUUCCUGUCAUGCUUCAGGCAAGCCAUGUCAGCGCCCUGUGGGGUUUUCUUCCUUCCUGAGUGUGUGACGGAGCGGGGUGUUGUCCGGGGCAUCUGUUUGCCAUUUCACAUGUGGCUUGUGUGGCUGCUGUUGGUAGUUGUUUUAAGGACUGCAAGGUAUAUGAAAUCCAGUAAAUGAAUAAAAAUACUUGAUUUCCUAAGAAGCUUGA